AUGGCCUCCUUCAAGUCCUCGGGCAUUUGGCUCAAAAGCACUUCGUCACUGUCGUGUGAAUCACUCUCCUUAAGUAUGGACUCAAUGCCACCGGAGCUUCGUGGUGAUCCAUUGGAUUUACGUCCCCCGUUGUCAUCGAAUCCGUGCACACUGGGCGAGCUACAGGAGUAUGCUUUUUAUGGACUUGAGCAAGAUGGAGCUCUACGACCUGGGGGACAGGUAUCCCUAUUGACCCGACGAAGAAUCGGGUUAUUAUUGAAUUACGUAGCUAUUGGUGCUCUCUAUGGAGGCAUCAACAUUGCUCUUGUGCCUUUCCUGAAUCGGCACCUGAAGUUGCAACAAUCCCAGACUCGAGCUACAUCUAUGUUAAUCAAUAUGGCAUGGAGCUUCAAAUUUUUCUUAGGAGUAUUGACAGAUAGUGUAAAAAUACGCAGGUAUAGAAGGAAACCAUACUUGAUUAUUGGAUGGACAUUGUGUAUCACAAGUCUGCUAUUUCUCGGAACGUCCGAGAUACCCAGGGCUGGGAAGACACACGAAGUAUGGAGAUAUGUAAUCUUAAUGACGCUUGGGACGCUUGGAUGUAUUCUUGCGAAUGUAACGGCUGAUGCUAUUGUCGUAGACAUAGCACAACGGGAACCUUUACCGACACGAGGGCAUACGCAGGUGAUCAUUUACGCGGCGAAAACGGCUGGCAUGAUCAUCAUGAGCCUUUUUGUAACUGGGACGCUCAAUGGACCGGAGUAUGGAGGAAGCUUUAUGUGGUCGUUAAGUUUGGAUCAGGUCAUCCUCAUUCUUGCAGCGUGUACGAUGAUGCCGCUUGUAGGAUCCAUUUGGUUCUUGCAUGAAGACCCAACAGCUCAAACGGUACCGAUUUACUCCUUCUCCAAUAUGGCAUCAUGUUCCGUAGCGCCGCAACGCUAUCAGCCUGAUACAGCCCCCCUCGACCCAUCCCUGGAUUUUCGCGCGCGCUGUCAGCUCAUUUUGAGACUGAUGCAAAGUCGCACAAUGUGGCAGCUUUUAAUGUUUGAGCUUGUUGCAAGCUUUUGCUUGACGAUCGAUUCAAAUGCAAAAACGGCGAUUGAAGUGAACUGGGUCGAUAUACAGAUCUGGCCAAAAACAGUCGCGGCAGCAGUGUGGAGUUUGGCUUUUAUGGGUGGGUUGUUUCUUACUCGGCUCUUUCUCUUACAUUCGGCAUGGAGACAUAUUUAUUGCGCUGCGACUGUCUGGACGGUUGGCAUCGAUGUGAUUCGAGUGGCAUGCACGGUGUUUAAUGUCAUAAGAAAUCGAAACUUUUGGCUGUACAUGCAAGUGCUUGCGGCACCAGCAGUGGCGCUACGCUAUCUGGUUCUCUUAUUCCCGAUUGUUGAGCUUGUACCGCGCGGAAUUGAGGGUACCACUUAUGGUCUCGUGAAUUCAUUUCGCAAUAUGGCCAUCCCGUUUGGUGUAAUAGCGUACAAAGCCAUUGACUCGUAUUUCUCCAUCUCAAGUGAGGACGUGUAUCGUGACUCUGACUUUACGCGGCUACAAGUCAUUUACACGUUCGCUAUUGGAUGGGCUUUCCAGCUUAUGAGUCUCGCAUUCAUCGGGUUGCUUCCACGCCAGAAGCUCGAGGUGCAGCAGUUGCGUUACUAUGGAGGCUACAGUACAUCAGCGGGGUGGAUUGUGAUUCUUGUGCUGUUGAGUGCUCUUAUGUACUUGACGGUCGUGAGCGUGUUGUCGCUUUUCGAGAAGACGUCUUGCCUCCGUAUGGUUGGAGGUUCAGGGUGUGGUAGUUGA